AUGCUGUCGGGAGCGAGGUUGACGGGCGAAAUGCCGUCGGGAGCGGGAUUGACGGGCGAAAUGCCGUCGGGAGCGGGAUUGACGGGCGAAAUGCCGUCGGGAGCGGGAUUGACGGGCGAAAUGCCGUCGGGAGCGGGAUUGACGGGCGAAAUGCCGUCGGGAGCGGGAUUGACGGGCGAAAUGCCGUCGGGAGCGGGAUUGACGGGCGAAAUGCCGUCGGGAGCGGGAUUGACGGGCGAAAUGCCGUCGGGAGCGGGAUUGACGGGCGAAAUGCCGUCGGGAGCGGGAUUGACGGGCGAAAUGCCGUCGGGAGCGGGAUUGACGGGCGAAAUGCCGUCGGGAGCGGGAUUGACGGGCGAAAUGCCGUCGGGAGCGGGAUUGACGGGCGAAAUGCCGUCGGGAGCGGGAUUGACGGGCGAAAUGCCGUCGGGAGCGGGAUUGACGGGCGAAAUGCCGUCGGGAGCGGGAUUGACGGGCGAAAUGCCGUCGGGAGCGGGAUUGACGGGCGAAAUGCCGUCGGGAGCGGGAUUGACGGGCGAAAUGCCCUCGGGAGCGGGAUUGACGGCAAAACGCCUUCGGAAGCGGAAUCGACGGGCGAAGUGGUAG